UCCGGUAAGCGUAUCGUUUGCAAAAACAACAAUGUCUUUAGCAGACCUAUCUGGUCAAUUCAACUUCCCUAAGGAAGAAGAAAAGAUUCUUGAAUUUUGGAAAGAAAUUGACGCUUUCCAAACUUCUUUGAAGUUAAACAAGGACAAACCCGUCUUUGCAUUCUAUGAUGGCCCUCCUUUUGCUACUGGUCUCCCGCACUACGGUCAUUUGCUAGCUGGUACCAUUAAAGAUAUUGUUACUCGUUAUGCUCAUAACACCGGUCAUAACGUUGAACGUCGUUUUGGUUGGGAUACCCAUGGUCUGCCUGUUGAAUUCGAAAUUGACAAGAAGUUGGGUAUUACAGGCAAAGAUGAUGUUAUGAAGAUGGGUAUCGAUAAAUACAACGCUGAAUGUAGAGCUAUCGUUAUGCGAUAUGCUGGCGAAUGGCGUAAGACAGUCGAACGUAUGGCUCGUUGGAUUGAUUUCGACAAUGAUUACAAAACCUUGAAUCCCACUUUUAUGGAAACUGUUUGGUGGGUUUUUAAGCAAUUGUUCGAUAAGGGAAUGGUUUAUCGUGGUUCAAGAGUUAUGCCUUAUUCUACUGGUUGUACUACACCUUUAUCCAAUUUCGAAUCUUCUCAAAAUUAUAAGGAUGUCAACGACCCUACUGUCGUUGUCAGUUUCCCUUUGUUGAAUGAUCCAGAAACAUCAUUAUUAGCUUGGACCACUACUCCUUGGACUUUACCAAGCAAUUUGGGUGUUGCUGUUCACCCCGAAUUUGAAUAUGUUAAGAUUCUUGACGAACAAUCCGGCAAAAAAUACAUUUUGAUGGAAAAGCGUCUCAGCAUCAUAUAUAAGGAUCCUAAGAAGGCCAAGUUCCAAGUUUUAGAAAAAUAUAAGGGCGCCGACAUGAAGGGUUGGGAAUACGAACCUAUGUUCAACUAUUUCUAUGAUGAAUUUAAGGGUAAAGGUUUCAAGGUGAUGGUGGACUCUUACGUUACCGACGAUUCAGGUACUGGUAUUGUUCACAAUGCACCUGCUUUUGGUGAGGACGAUUACCGUGUUUGUCUUGACCAUGGUGUUAUUACUGCUGAUGGUCAUCUCCCUCUUCCUCUCGAUGAUUCUGGUAUUUUCACUGAUGAAGUGCCUGAUUAUAAAGGCAUGUAUAUUAAGGAUGCUGACAAGGCCAUUCAAAAGGAUAUUAAAGCUAAGGGUCGUCUGGUCAACCAAUCUCAGAUGAAGCACAGUUAUCCUUUCUGUUGGAGAUCUGAUACACCUUUGAUUUACAGAGCCAUUCCUUCUUGGUUUGUUCGUGUCACACCUAUCAUUGAUAAGAUUUUGGCCAACAACAAACAAAUGCGUUGGGUUCCUGCUUUUGUUCAAGAAAAGCGUUUCGCCAACUGGUUAGCUAACGCUCGUGAUUGGAAUGUUUCUCGUAACCGUUAUUGGGGUACUCCUUUGCCCAUUUGGGUCAGCGAAGAUUAUGAAGAAAUGGUUUGCAUUGGCUCUAUUGCUGAAUUGGAAGAAUUGAGUGGUGUCAAGCCUAUUACUGACCUUCACCGUGAGACCAUUGAUAAGAUUACUAUUCCUUCGAAGAAGGGCAAGGGUGUGCUUCGUCGUAUCGAAGAAGUUUUUGAUUGCUGGUUUGAAUCCGGUUCCAUGCCUUACGCUCAACAACAUUAUCCUUUCGAAAACAAGGAUAAGGUUCACGGUUCCUUCCCUGCCGAUUUUAUUUCUGAAGGUAUUGAUCAAACCCGUGGUUGGUUCUAUACUCUUUUGGUUUUGUCGACUCAUCUCUUCGAUAAGCCUCCUGCUAAAAACGUCAUUGUCAGUGGUCUCGUUUUGGCUGCUGACGGUAAAAAGAUGAGUAAGCGUCUCAAGAACUACCCUGAACCUGGUAUUGUCAUGGAUAAAUACGGUUCGGAUGCCCUUAGACUCUACCUCAUCAACUCUCCCGUGGUACGUGCAGAAACCUUGAAGUUCAAGGAGGAUGGUGUCAAGGAAGUUAUUUCCAAGGUUUUCUUACCUUGGUAUAAUGCUUACAAAUUCUUCCUUACACAAGCCGCUGUUUUGAAGAAGGACUUCCAUUUUGACUUCCAAUACGAUGUCAAUAUUGAGAAAUCCGAUAACGUCAUGGAUCGUUGGAUUUUGGCCUCUUGUCAAUCACUUAUCAAAUUCAUUCGCGAAGAAAUGGCCGCUUAUAGACUUUACACUGUCGUUCCUCGCUUAUUGAAUAUGAUUGACCUUCUUACGAAUUGGUAUGUCCGUUUCAACCGUAAGAGAUUGAAGGGUGAAAAUGGGGUUGAAGAUGCCAAGAUGGCUAUGAAUACCCUCUAUGAAGUUCUAUUUACCUUGUGUACCACCAUGGCUCCUUUCACACCUUACUUGGUUGAAAACAUGUAUCAAAACCUCAAGAACUUUGCCCCUAAGAGUCCCAACGUGGUGGAUGAUCGUUCGAUUCAUUUCUUAGACUUCCCUACCGUUCGUGAGGAAUACUUUGAUCCUGAAAUUGAACGUGCCGUGGGCCGUAUGCAAGCUGUCAUUGAAUUGGGUCGUACCAUUCGUGAACGUAAGAACAUUUCUUUGAAGACUCCUUUGAAGGAACUGGUCAUCAUUCAUAGUGAUCCUCAAUACCAUGCCGAUGUGAAGGCUCUUGAAUCCUAUAUUAUUGAAGAAUUGAACGUUAGAAAUGUCGUUAUCACCAAUGAUGAGGAUAAAUAUGGUGUCAAAUAUAAGGCUGAGGCUGAUUGGAAGGUCCUUGGUCAAAAGUUAAAGAAGGAUGCUAUGAAAGUCAAGAAGGGUCUCCCUGAGCUUACCAGCGAUCAGAUCAAGGAAUUUGUUCAAACGAAAGAAAUUGUUGUUGCCGGCAUCAAGGUGACUGAUGAAGAUUUGAACGUUGUCCGUUAUUUCGAUGGCGCCUCUGAUGCUUCUUACGAAGCCAAUACUGACAAAGACUCUUUGGUUUUGAUGGAUGUCAAGUUAUAUCCUGAAUUGGAGGAAGAAGGUGUUGCUCGUGAAAUCAUCAACCGUGUUCAACGUCUAAGAAAGAAGGCUAACUUAUUGCCCACCGAUGAUAUCAACAUGUACUACCGCUUCACUUCUGAUAUGUCAACUGAAUUGGAAAAAGUCAUGAAGAAUCAAGAAGCUUUCUUAGUGAAAGCAUUCAAGAAACCUUUGAAGCCUAGCACUGAGCAGUCUUCUUCUGAGGAACCUAUUGCUGAAGAAGAACAAGAAAUCAACGGUGUCAAAUUCAACCUUAUCUUUACCAAGUUGUAAACUUACUUCCUUGUUUGUGAUUUAUACGUGUAAUAAAAUUUUUUCUCCUUUGCUUUUCCCAGUUUUGUCAUUUUUUAUCCCUUUUUCAAACCAUUAGACUCUUUUAAGUCAAAAUGUACAAUAAAUUUAUCGAGAAGCAUUCAUUACAAUGAUUCAAAUAAUCUAAUCCUUGAAAAUUUAACAGCAGAAGCAACAGCGGCCUUCUCUCUGAUUUUUUUUUUUUUUCUUUUUUUCUUCUUUUGACCAAUACACUU